GUUUGACAUUUUAAAAAUCAAUUAUAAUAACAGUUUCGACCGGCGUGGCUUAUACGAUUUAACGGUUACGGUGGCCGGAAGUUAAAACACGGCCGGAGACAACACUAAAUUUCAUUAGUUACCUCUGAAUCGAAGUUCGCAGGGCGUCAAAUACUCCAUUGGAGUUUGGGUGUUAAGGUGGUGGUCUCACUGCGAGUUCGAAUGCCGAAAAGGAGAAGACCUAGUUGCUCCUCGUCAUCGUCCCCACCAUUCUUAAAUUCUCUGCCGUCUUCAAAGGCGGACUUCGGCCGUUUGAUCGCCGUUGUUUCAUUCUCCGCCGUGGUUGCCGCUGCCUGUCACUUGAUAGCUUCCUCCCUCAUGCGACCGCCCAAACCCUUCUGCGACUCAGCAACCUCCGACUCCGAUUAUUGGCUUCCCGCUGCUUCAGAUUAUUGUGAACCCUGCCCCUCGAAUGGAAUAUGUGAUGGUGGCAAGUUGAAAUGUGUUGAUGGCUAUAUAAAACAGGGGAAAUUUUGCAUCGAGGAUGGAGAUAUUAAUAAAGCUGCUGAAAAUUUUGCCAAGUGGGUACAAAAUCAUGUAUGUGAAGCCUAUGCUCAACAGUUGUGCACCGGAGCUGGAAAAUGUUGGGUCUCGGAGGGAGAGCUGUUGAACAACUUGAAUGAAUACAAGGAGAGGGAGGACCAUGGCAUGGAUGAGGCAGUUUUCAUGCCUGCAAAACAAAAGGCCAUGAAGAACAUCCGUAGUAUUUUAGAGACAAAAACAGACAAUCAUGGCGUUCAAGAAUUCAAGUGCCCGGAGUUGCUUGUGAACAGUUAUAAACCUCUCUCCUGUGUUGUCCGACAGUGGAUUGUCGAUCAUGCUUUGCUUUCAAUUUCAGCUUUGACAUUGUUCUUGGGAUGCACAUUGAUAACGUCCAGAGUCUAUCAUAGACACCGGUUGCGUGUUAGAGCCGAACAGCUCUAUCAUGAGGUUUGCGACAUUCUUGAAGAGAAGCCAUUGGUAUCAAGAAGUGUAGGCAGUGAAAGUGAAACGUGGGUGGUUGCCUCUUGGUUGCGGGAUCAUCUUCUAUCGCCCAUGGAAAGAAAGGAUCCAUUUCUGUGGAGAAAGGUUGAGGAGUUGGUACAAGAGGAUUCUCGUGUAGAUCAGUACCCGAAGUUAGUAAAGGGUGAAUCUAAGGUUGUAUGGGAGUGGCAAGCUGAAGCUUCUCUAGGCUCUUCAGGAAAGAGGAAAAGAAGCAAUGUAAGUACACCACAGAGGAAUGAGCGUACAAACUCGUCUUCUAAUCUUCAAAGGAGGAUUCGUGCUGGUGAGCUUCAAAUUGAGUGACGUUGAUAUCUAUAGUUCUUGCAUGAUGUGACCUUCUACGACUCUAUUUUCCUUACUCUAAUUAGAAAAUUUUACAUAGCCCUUGUAACUUCGACGACUGGAAAAAAUGUCCCACAUAUGGGUUUUGACUGAUCAUUACAAGAUUCUAAAUGAGACGAGGAUAUGUAUAAGUCCAUCAAUGUGCCAUUGUUAGUGUGAUUUGUUCUUUUUAUAUUUCAUCUGAAAACUAAAUUUUUACUAUCAAAGUUUGUUUGUUGUC